GUGUCGAUGUGUGCAGUGAAUAAUCGCGAUUUCUAAACAUAUUUUGAUUGUAUUUAAAAAAAUGAGCAAUAGAAGCGGAUAUCGGUGCGCAUUUAAAAAUUGCAUUAAUGUUAGCGGAAAAAAUGAUGGAAUAAAAAGCACUUUAUUUAGAUUUCCUAAAGAUAAAGAAAGGCUUAAUGCAUGAUCAAAUAAACAUAGGACCAUUGGCAAGUUCCGCAAAUACAAAUAUUCCCAUUUCUUUAGAAGAUCAUUUAUCAAAUGUAAAACAAGAGAAUUUAUCAGAAUCUCAUCACAUAGAAAGAACAGAACAUAAACAAAAAGACGUAAAUAUUCAGACAUCUUUAUCAGCAAAGUCACCACGAAAAUUCCAACUGCUGAAAACAUUAACACGUGCUCAAUCAAAAAUACGAAACUUAGAAAUCAUAAAAAAAGAAAAGCAUAUGGAUAUAAAUAUGGAUGUAUUAGAUAUGGCAGUUGAUAAAUUUUUUCCGCCAGAAACAGCACAUUUUUUAAAAGCGCAAGCACGUCUUUUUCAAAAAUUUGAUAAGGGUAGAAAAUAUACUCCUGCUUUCAAACAACAAUGCUUAUAUAAAACAUGAAUUGUAUUCACCUGCAUGUAAACGCGGCAGUAAUAUUAAUUAGAGGUAUCUUUCAGUGGAA